AUGGAUAUCAACGACUAUCGCAUAGCCCUUGGCCUGCAUGACUUUUCAACAACAUCGUACUUAAUACGUCGUUUGAGCAACGUGACGAUUCAUCCAGAAUUUGGGCAGCCGGCAUCAGUUAGCAACGAUAUCGCCAUAUUGACAUUGAGUGAGACGGUCAGGCUGACCAAGAAAGUACAGCUGGCGUGUUUACCUGAACGCAGCGUCUAUCCGGGCCAAUUAUGCGUUGUUACCGGUUGGGGCGUUACAGAAGGUAAACGUAACUUGUUCUGA